UGGUCGGAGCGGACAGUGCCUUUGACAGAACUUGCAAGACCACGUCUGUUACAAUAGCAUUGCCUUCCACACGGCCCACUUAGUGGUAUAGUCCCAUAUCAGCGCCGUGCCAGCUUGGAUUCACCUGAGCACACAAAAGCACACGCCACGCCACACAGUCAAAAUCUGCAUACAAAUGAAGCCUUCUUGAUCAACUUUAUGGAAGAGUGUCAGAGUUCCUCAAAGUCUCAGAUGUUGACGGCAAAACUGAUGACUGUGCUUCUGAGUUGUCAAUCAGCCAAGUCCGCUGUCUGGUGACUCACUUGCUGGUGAGGAAUUUUACACCAUGCAUGUCUGUCUUUCUGUCUUAUGUUCUAAGUUUUGCAGUUCCCUUGGUGUAGAUGUGUCUAACACCCUAAUCUAAAUGUUCUUGGAAGCCUACUUGGUCAAGCAGGCCUUGUACACAGCCUCCCCUCAUCAACCCUGGCACACACAGCCUAUGGGGACUUGCGAUGACAGCUCCAAUAGAAGUUAUAGCGAGCACAUAGAACUUUAUAUGUAUUUUCUAAUCAAUGCAUUCUCAGGCAUUUUGCAAUUUCCUUUUAUUUUAUUUGUGGCUACAGUAUAUAUUAUCAUGCCAGGUUAGGAAUACCAAUGAAGGAUGCGUUGGAAAUCGUUAAUCAAACUUUGUCAGCAUUUUGAGUGGAAAGUUCAUUUGGAUUUGUAUGUAUUCGUGCACGUCGUCCUGGCCCUCGCAGCGGAACGACAGUUUACUGGCCGCUCUGUACAUUCGCACACUUCACAGUUGCGUAUUGAUCAGACAAGAAGACACGCAUAUCAACUGGAUUACUAUUGCCUUCGGGCAAUUGCGCUCGGGAAAACGGCGCGCGCCCAAAUGUUCUCUAUGCAGGGAAAACCCUGCAUUCAUGUUUUGUUUGGGGAUGCAGACACCUGGUUCUUUGCUCUAACCAGGACAGAUGGACCUUCUCAUCUCUGUGGUCUGUUAGUCGUUAUAGGCAUAGGGUCCAAGCUCGAGGAGAGAUUGUCGUAUUAUUAACACAAUGUAUCAAUGUUGGGAUCGUUUAUAAAACAACGGUAAUAACAACAGCUAGAGAACAAAUUCUAGAGCUGGAUUUUUGUUUCAGGUGGAUUUUGUGCUCGAGUUCUGUCUGUCGCUCUGACCAUUUCUGGUCACGGCCCAGAUAGACCCGCCUGCUGUCGAGUUCUGUCCCAUCUCAGCCGCAGCCUGUGGGUGUCAGCCUUCGUAUCUCUUGGAAACGGCUAAUUCCAAACCAAGGGAUAUUCCCUUGUCAUCAGUUGUGACACGGACACUUCCGAUCUGACCAUACAGUACUGGCUGAAAAUCUCACUCAGCUAUUCCUCAUUAAUAUUCUAUCUAAAUUUGGAGCUCCACACCUGGAGGUCAUUUUUUAACAUUUCUUAUUUUUCACAUGGGCUUACCUCCCUGCACGCCAUAACAUAAGUCCUCUGGAUGAAUAUAACAUCAACUCGUGUUUGAAAAUGUGCCCAAACAGUGACUUGGAGUGACUAGCCUAGAGGCUGGACUAAAGAUGGGCUUAGUAAAGGGCUUAUAUAUCUAGUGUGUUCUUGCAAGAUACAUCAAUGGAUACGAACACAUCCAUGGUUGUGUAAACAAUGAGACAGAUGGUGAAUCAGACCAGAAGCACGCUGGACUCAUCCCUCACUUGCAGAGGAUUAUGGGAUUGGAUGGACAGGUGACACAAACCUUCCUAGUUUAGUCAUCUGGGGUACGUGUGUGCAGGUUCCGCACACAGGAACGUGAACACACAAAAACUCAUCACUCUACGUAUACCCCGCAGCUGAGGGGAUUUCCGAUAUUGACGAAAGCUUUAAAAGCACAACUGCUCAAUGUGUUGAUGUUCAGGUAUAAUCGUCACAUGUUUGAAUUUACAGGUCAGUGUCCCCUGGAAACGCUCAGGUCCCGUUUACUUCCUCUAUGUGAGUGUGCGUAUGGGCAUGCUAAUGUGCCAAAGUUUAAGUCAACAUAUGGAUGUUUUUCUUGUGUUGAAAGACCAGAUGCUAAAGGGGAGAGGAUAGACCCUGCAGCGUUCUGUUACCUUUACUGCAACAUCUAGACCUUACUAACUCAUACUCAGCUUAUGAUCCUAUCCUGUCGACAUAGGAGUGUUGCAUGUGUGUGCGUGUGUGUGGGUUCACGUUGGAAGGAUCAGUACAUUUCAUUGAGAAACAGCAGAAGUUUCCUGGUCUGCUGGGAAAGUUUAUAAACAGUGUUGAGUUCCCUCCUGUGGUCAUUGAGAGAUAAAGACGAAAGCUCGACGGAUCUACUCAGUGUCUGUCUCUGCCUCCUCACUGCCUCAAGUCCAGAACCUCCUGCUGUCUCUGCCUCCUCACUGCCUCACGUCCAGAACCUCCUGCUGUCUCUGCCUCCUAGCUGCCUCACGUCCAGAACCUCCUGCUGUCUCUGCCUCCUCACUGCCUCACGUCCAGAAGCUCCUGCAGUCUCUGCCUCCUCACUGCCUCAAGUCCAGAGCCUCCUCUGCCUUCUCACUGCCUUACGUCCAGAGCCUCCUGCUGUCUCUGCCUCCUCACUGCCUCACAUCCAGAGCCUCCUCUGCCUCCUCACUGCCUCACGUCCAGAGCCUCCUGCUGUCUCUGCCUCCUCACUGCCUCACAUCCAGAAGUUCCGUCUGUCUCUCUGCCCCAAGUGACUUUCUUCUUGUUAUCACCAUGGACAUUUGGUGUUCCAUAGCCACGGUGGUAUGGCUGUUAGCUCUUCUCAUCUCUGAUCCAGUCGAUGGAUUUCCUUCUCCGCUUCUGAAAGACAGCUGUGUGAGCGUGUCUGAGGAGCUGGACCAAUUCCGUGUCCAGGGUGAGGCUGUGGUUCUGGGCUUCCCCGGGCUGGUCGGGUACCUCACCAAACGGAACCACCUCACCACCUCAGGUGGCUACAGCUUCCUCAUCGUCAAAGGCAACGGAGCGACUGGCCCGGAGGAGGAAGAGGAGGCGGAGGAAAAAAGGGUUCUGCAGCGAGAACAGAACUUGUGGCUCCUCCCAGCUCGGCUGUCAGACUCUGGAGAGUACACUUGCAUCUACAGAAAGGACUCUGUCUGCGUGACAGGCAACAUCAUUCUGCGCGUGUAUGAGAACAUGCUGAGUGGCAUAGACAAAAUGCACUACCCUAUAUUUGACCAAGCAGGAAAAGAUGUUGAACUCACCUGUCCACACAUCUCAGCCUUCAACAGGACACAGGAGAUACAGUGGUUCAAGGACUCCAGACCCACAGCGCUCCCUAUGGGCAGUGGUCGCUACUACAGGGAGAGAUGGAACAAGAUGGUCAUCACUGACGUGAGCAGAUCAGACGAGGGUUUCUAUACGUGUGUUCUGCAAGUGCAUGCCAACAACCACCAGUACACAGUGAGCAGAAUUACGAAGCUCCACGUAGAAAUGCCUAAGAUAGACCCACAUAGCCACACCACUCAGCCCAGCACUGGCUUGGCCUCAUCUCCAACCUCAGGUGCUGCCUCAACUCCAACCUCACGCUUGGCCACCACCCCAACCUCCCCCCCAACUGGCAAGACCUUCCAAAGCACACUCCACACGACAGUGAUACAGAGCCCAAGGAUCGUGCUCCCUCUACACGGAGCCGUGUUUGAAGGCCGUUCUGGUGCAGAACUGGAGAUGUUAUGCAAGGUUCUGACGCAUUGCCAAUCAUUAAACUUCACCGUGGUCACAUGGUUGGUGGAUGGCCAAUUACUGGAGGAUUCCUACUUUAAUGGGCGGGCUCUACAGGGUGAGAGAAGGACCACCAGAGUGGCGGAGGGUUGUCAUGUGGAGGUGAGGCUGGUCGUUUGGGGCCUGACUGGGGCAGACUCCAGGAGAAGCCUGGCGUGUGUGACUCACAACCAGGCGGGAGGGCAGGAGGUCCAGGCCCUCAUCAGACUAGACGACUCGGAGACCCAGUGGCUGGUGGGGACGGUGGGCUUGGUGGUCGUCUUCCUGCUGGUGAUCUCUGUGCUGCUGUGUCACCUGCUUCGGCCCUGGAGGAAGGAGCACUACGUCCUGGCUGCACAGGACAGCUCCCUCUAGCUGUCACACCUGGAACUGAACUGCACUAAACGCCUCUACAAACGUCCUUCAUUUCCUCUGUAGGCAGGCAGCGACAUUAAUACUGUAACUUAACCUUACUCACGAGUUCGAAGACCAUACCAAUAACUGAACAUGCAAAGUAGUUUUACUUGAAGGAAUAAUGAGAAUGAAUGAAUAAAUGAAUGAAUGAAUGAAUGAAUGAAUGAAGGAAGAGUCCAGGUACUACUCUAGGUAUGGUGGAGUGGAAUUCAAAAUCUGGGCACCCAACUGAUGUAGGCUAUUCAAUACAAAUGUAACAAUUGUGUCAUUAGAGAAGCAUGUUUCUAAAUAAAGACUUUUAAAAAUAAACAAUCAA